AUGGACAAGAGCUCUGAAAACAAAACAUAUACAGACGAAGCUAAAAAGAAGGCUUUAAUGUAUCUUGAAAAAUUUGUGCGUGAAGAUGAUUCUGCAAAAUAUGUUAUCGAUCCAAAAAACGUUCUUUGCAGGACAAAAGAUGAUGCCGUCAAAGUUAGUUGUGUAAAAUUGAAUGAAUUGGAUGAAAAAGAAAUCUUUGCUCAUAUGCAAAAUCUUGGUUUUUAUUGUGCUUUAUCUCAGGAUCCAAAUCAAUUUGGAAUUGAAUACACUGAUUUUUACCAAAUUAUAAAUGCCAAACAUCAAACAAUUUUACAUACUGCCUUUUUGAAACUGAUUGAUAAAAUCUUGGAACAAGUUCCACCAAACAGCAAUUUUCAAAAUUGGGAUGUCUAUUCAGGGACGGCCGGAUUAUCACUCCUUUUCAUGAAAAUUCAUGAAUGUGACCCAGGAGUGAUGUUUGGCUCAAAGAGUGCACUGACCAUCGCAGAUGAGUACAUCGACACCGCUCUUUCAACACACAUGAAACUUCAUAAUACACCUAGCGAAGCCGGUUUGCCUGGUUUGAUUGAACAAGAGUGCGGUUUUCUUACUACCGCUGUUGGAUUAUACACAGUAGCGGCUCACGUUAAACAUCAUACCGGUGACCAUGAAUCUUCACAUAGAUAUCUCAACUUGAUACAAUCGCAUUUCUCCAAGUCAGCACUUUCAAUUAAAACACCGAGCGAAUUACUUUAUGGUCGUGCCGGGUAUUUAUAUGCCGAGCGUCUUAUGUCCGGUUUAAUUGACCCGAAAAAGGAACCACCGACAUCGCAAAUCGUGUCUAGCGUGAUUGAAAGUAUCAUCGAAGACGGGAAAAGAACGGCGAUAAACCGUAAUGCAACAGAUUAUACUCCAUUAUUUUGGACAUGGCAAGAUUUACCUUACGUUGGGGCCGCUCAUGGUUUCGCAGGAAUACUAACAAUGUUAUUACAAUUCCCGGAGCAAUGUCAAGAACACUUGGGUUUGAUUAAAAAUACAACCGACUUUAUCUUGUUCAAGAGUCGUCAAGAAGAUGGAAAUUGGCCUUAUAUCCUGUUUGAACCCAAUAACAAUUUGGUUCAAUUCUGUCAUGGAGCUCCUGGAAUUUUUUUCUUGGCUUGUUAUGUAUAUUUACAUGGAAAAACUCGUAAAGGAGUAGGAUUAUGCCAUGGAGUCGCCGGAAAUGCAUAUCCAUUUUUGUCGGUAUAUAUACUUACCAAAGAUCACAAAUAUUUACGAAAUGCUUUGGAAUAUGCUGAAAUCUGUGCUCAAUGGGAGGAAAAAACCGAACAAGGAGAAUUUAGUAAUACCGAUAAACCUUGGUCCGUUUUUGAAGGCAUUGGCGGAGCAAUUUGGCUCAUAUCCGACUUAUUAUAUUGGGAUCAGGAAAUUUUCAAAGGUUUUCCAGGAUUGACCGAUAUUUAA